AGAACCAAAUCAUUAUUUGAGAUAAUUAUAAAAGAAAAAUUUUCAGAGGCUGGUUUUAGCUCAAAGGAAAUGGUUAAGGUAACUAUAGUUGGAAGGGUAAGCGAUGGAUUGCCUCUAGCACAAGGACUGAGAUAUAUGAAUGAAGAGAAUGGAUAUCUUGCAUGUUACAAACAACAAGCAGAGUUCAUACUCCAAGAAAUUUCAAGGGGGGCAUUGAUGGCUUCCAAGAUGACUAUUCAUGCUGAUCAUUUCUGCUUCAAUUACUUGGUGGAGAACGGGGUUGUUUUCAUUGUCUUGUGUGAGUCCACGUACCCAAGAAAACUGGCUUUCCAUUACCUACAAGAUAUACAAAAGGAGUUUGAGAAAUUUGAUAAAACCCUCAUAGGCAAAAUCACAAGGCCAUACAGCUUUGUCAAAUUUGAUGGUGUAAUUGCAAACUUUAGUAGACAAUACACUGAUACAAGAACCCAGGCCAACCUGUCAAAACUUAAAGCUAACCGGAAACAAGAUUUAGAUAUUGCUACUGAAGAUAUUUACAACAUUUUAGAAAGAAAGAGAAACUCAGAAAUAGUGAGAAGGUUACAAGCUACUCCUCAACCUGAAUCCACAAUAUGGUGUUCCCCACGCCUUGAGGUGAUUGCUUUGAAAUGGACACCUAUUAUGAUCAUUGUAAUUACUUCGAUGGCUCUUGUGUGGGCUAGCCUAGCCCUCACUGACGACUUUAUUAUUUCAAGGUGGUGACAAUUAAUCCCUCUGAUCAUGACUAAAGAUGAUGAUUUAAUACGAUAAAACUUCAACACUGCAAGGACUUAAAGAAAUGUCAUGGCCCAUUAGUGAUACAACAACAUUAAUCGAUGUUGGAGGAAAAAAAUAAAGAUAUGGGGUUACCAACUGCCAUCUCUUCCCAACACAUGAUCCAGGAAAAACAGAGAAGGAGAGAUACAUUGUGACGGUGUUUCUCCUCUUUAGCUUGAAAGUGAAAUGUUUCCUUUUUAAAUGAACUGGUGCAUUGACUUGUGGAUGCACGAGUUGCGUUGAUAUUUAAGUAUGUACUAAAUGAUUUGUAAAUAUAGUAAUAAUUUGGCAUUUA